GUCAGGUUGAACCCAAUCGCCAAUUCAAUCCUCUUUACACCUGAUCUCUGCAACAAUGGCGCUGCCGAUGCCUGAGCCCACCAUUCCUCCAUUGCCGUUACCACACUACAAGGUCAUAUCUUUCGACAUCUACGGCAGCUUGAUUGAAUACAAGGCUCACAUCGUCCGGGCAUUCCAGCCUCUGCUCUCUCGUCUUCCGCCUUCGUCCCCGUAUCUGGACCCAACGCCUUUGUCGAGCGAGGUGCCAAACAGCAAUACUAUCGGCUCGAUCCAGUUUCUCAAGCUAUUCCAGCAGCAAGAGGACCUGAUCAAACUAGAGAAGCCCGUACGACGAUUUGAUAAGAUUCUGUCCGAGAUCUGGCGACGGAUAGCACGCGAACUGCAAGUCGAGAGCAGCGAAGAUGAAGCCCUUAACUUUGGGAGUGAGGCGGUGAUUUCGUCGUGGCCUUGUUUUCCAGGCACCAUCAGAGCCUUGAGGCAGCUCCAGAGGAACUACCGCCUCGUAGCGUUGUCCAAUAUUGACCGCUUCGCCUGGUAUAUCACGUCAUCUUCACCAACGAGCGGACUUGGCGACGUGAGCUGGUGGAAGGUGUUUACGUCUGAGGAUUUUGGAGGCGACGCGGCACGACUGGACGAGACGAGGCUGGAGACUUUAGUCAACUACUGCGCCAAGUACGGCGUGCAGAAGAACGAGAUCCUUCACGUUGCUCAGAGCCUUGGUCACGACCACGCGCCCGCGAAACGGCUGGGUCUGAGUAGUGUCUUCCUGAUCGGCGAUGGACCCCGAUGGGGCAAGGAAGCGGAAAGCAAGAUGGUCCUGGAGAAGGAACUGGUCGGGUAUGCGUGGAGAUGUCAGAACCUUCAGGAAUUCGCCGAGCUCGUCGAACGGGCGUGGGACAACGUGACUCCGAUUGAAUGAUUUCAACACGGCCGGAGCGCCCCAAGAGGAGCCACCGCUGAUGUUUCGCGAUGCUUGGGUUUUUGCCAGGGAUGAACGGUCUGGACAUUGUAGCACAGGGUAAUUGCGCCGUGUACCGAAUGAAGAAUUCUCAUUCAACCAACCAA